CGGAGCAUGGGUAUUGUGUUUACCACAUUCUGGCUAAUUUGAAAACAAGGUUUCGUGGCUCCCAAACAACCGUGUCAUAGAAGUUUUUGCAAGCUGCUCGUGUAGGAUUUGUGUAUGAGUGUGAAGAGUACCUUCACAUGCUUGAUAGUGAGGAUGAACGUAUUCGUACAUAUUUAGAGCGGAUCGGUCACGACAAAUGGUCUCAUGCAUAUGCCAGUCUGAAUCGAUACUCGGUUAUGAUGUCAAACAAUGCGGAGUCAUUAAAUGCAGUUAAUGCCACGGCCCGAGAAUUCCCAAUCUGUAAGUUGAUAGAGUUUAUUAUUGCUAGGAUGCAAAAGUGGUUCUAUGAAAGGCGACAAACUUCAACGUCAAACACUUUUCGUUUAUCUACACACUUUGAGUCUGAGCUAGUACUUUUACAAGCUAUGGCUGCCGUGAUGACAGUGAAACCAUCAUGUGCUUUUGAGUUUGAGGUGUUUGAUAAGAAAUCCCGCUCGUAUGUUGUCAACUUGAAGGAACGUACGUGCACUUGUCGGGAAUUUGAGCUUGAUGGAUUUUUGUGUGGGCAUUCCGUUGCUGCCAUUCGCUCUCGACCAGGACUUUCUUGCUACGAUUAUAUAUCAGAAUUCUAUACAGCACAUCGUUGGGCACAAACAUAUUGUGGCAUUAUUCAUCCUAUUGGGAGUCCGGAGGGUUGGAUGGUACCCUCCCAUGUGAGUCAAAU